GAGGACAGUGACUUAAUUUCAGGCGCGACCUGCUUUAUGGCAACAGACUGUACACGCCUGGUAGUUAUAGUUUGGGGACGCCCGGACGAGGAACGCUUGGCCGCUCUAUCUAGUGAUGGUUCUAUUGAUGGUAGCAGUGCAAAGUCUUUCUAUCCCACUACGAAGCGCGCAAAAUGACUACACUACGGCUUGCGUGGGGAAAAAUGACAAAGAAAGAAGGAGGAAAACGGAAGACCACAGCACUACUACUGUACACGGUAAUGCGCCUCCUUGCGCGUUCGGAUGUGAACUGCGCCACGGUCUGGUGAAUCAUAAUGCAGAGUGUGUAUCGGCAGCCGGAGUCCGGGGCAAACAGAUUUACGCACGGCGUUGCGCCCCCGGGAUGGAAUGCGUGGAAUGCAAGUUGUUGCCAUGGAAUGUCGUGUUUGUUUUCGUAAAUUGUGGAGGUCCGCCGUCCAGAACGCGUGGAAAGUCGCCGGGUGCAAAUGUCACGGCGCCCGAAGGCGUGAAGCGGGGACUCUCCAGACUCCAGCCAUAUCUACACGACGCUCGGCAAAAGUAAAACAGGGUCGGCUUAGCGCUAAGAACACCAAUUCCUCGCUUACAUCCGCGAAAACCUCGCCCCAAACGACAUCGGAAAUCCAGAGGCAGUUUUGAAACUCGCGGACGAAUUCGGUCGCAAGCAGUGGCUGAUGGCUGUGGGGGAUACGAAGGGGGGGAUUAUCGAUGAUGUUGU